AUGGGUGUGCCGGCUUUUUAUCGGUGGUUAGCGGAGAAGUAUCCGUUAGUGGUGGUGGAUGUGAUCGAAGAAGAACCGGUGGUUAUCGAAGGAGUUAAGAUUCCGGUGGAUACAAGUAAACCUAAUCCUAACAAUAUCGAAUAUGAUAACUUAUAUCUCGACAUGAAUGGGAUUAUUCACCCUUGCUUUCAUCCUGAAGACAGACCUUCACCCACUUCUUUCAGUGAGGUUUUUCAGUGUAUGUUUGAUUAUAUUGAUAGGCUUUUCGUGAUGGUGAGGCCUCGGAAAUUGCUAUACAUGGCAAUUGAUGGAGUUGCACCAAGGGCGAAAAUGAAUCAACAGCGGUCUAGGCGUUUUAGAGCAGCUAAAGAUGCAUCUGACGCGGCUGCUGAAGAAGAAAGGCUAAGAGAGGAGUUUGAGAGGGAGGGCAGGAAGCUUCCCCCUAAGGAGUCAUCUCAAACUUUUGAUUCCAAUGUUAUCACUCCUGGAACUGAAUUUAUGGCUGUUUUAUCAAUUGCAUUGCAGUACUAUGUUCAUCUUAGACUAAAUUAUGAUCCUGGGUGGAAGAAAAUUAAGGUUAUCCUUUCUGAUGCAAAUGUUCCUGGUGAAGGGGAACACAAAGUCAUGUCCUAUAUCCGUCUUCAAAGAAACCUUCCUGGUUAUAAUCCAAAUACACGCCAUUGCCUGUAUGGUUUGGAUGCAGAUUUAAUCAUGUUGGCUUUGGCUACCCAUGAAGUUCAUUUUUCAAUUCUUCGAGAGAUUGUUUUUACUCCUGGACAACAAGACAAAUGCUUUGUAUGUGGUCAGAUGGGUCAUUUAGCGGCUGCUUGUGAAGGAAAGGCGAAGAGGAAGGCAGGAGAGUUCGAUGAGAAAGGCAAUGAUGUUGCUGUGCCCAAGAAACCAUACCAGUUUCUCAACAUUUGGAUUCUUAGAGAGUAUUUGGAGUAUGAAUUCAGAAUUCCUAAUCCUCCGUUCAAGAUUGAUUUGGAAUGUAUUGUGGAUGAUUUUAUAUUCAUAUGUUUCUUUGUUGGCAAUGAUUUUCUGCCACACAUGCCCACGCUGGAGAUUCGUGAGGGUGCAAUCAACUUGCUGAUGGCUGUUUAUAAGAAGGAAUUUAGGUCGCUCGGUGGGUAUUUGACUGAUGGCAGCAAGCCAAAUUUAAGUAGAGUGGAGCAUUUUAUUCAAGCUGUGGGUUCAUAUGAAGAUAAAAUAUUCCAGAAAAGAGCGCGGUUGCACCAGCGUCAGGCAGAGAGAAUUAAGCGUGAGAAGGCCCAGGCAAGAAGAGGCGAUGACGCAGAGCCUCAAAAUCAACCUGAAUCUUUGGUUGCAGUUGCACGAUUUCGUGGUUCUCGUCUCGCUUCAGCUCCUACACCGUCACCUUAUCAGGAUGAUGGGAUGCAUUCUCAGACAUCUGAUGGUAAAGGAUCCUCUGUUCGGAGCCGUAAAGUUGCACGUUUGUCUUCAACAGCCAAUAUUGGUGCUGCCCUUGUUGAGGCAGAGAAUAGUCUGGAAAUAGAUGUAAAUGAAAACAAAGAAGAAUUGAAAACCAAGCUUAAGGGGCUGCUUCGCGAAAAAUCUGAUGUUUUUAACUCAAACAAUCAUGAAGAAGACAAGGUCAAGUUGGGAGAACCAGGGUGGAAGGAAAGAUAUUAUGAAGAGAAGUUUUCUGCAAAAACUCUCGAGGAAAUGGAAGCUAUACGAAGAGAUGUUGUUUUGAAAUAUACAGAAGGGCUAUGUUGGGUCAUGCAUUAUUAUUACGAAGGCGUUUGUUCUUGGCAAUGGUUUUAUCCCUAUCACUAUGCACCCUUUGCUUCAGAUCUCAAAGAUCUUGGUCAACUGAACAUUACUUUUGAACUUGGUUCUCCAUUCAAACCAUUCAACCAGCUUUUGGGAGUUUUCCCUGCAGCAAGUUCACAUGCUCUCCCUGUAAAUUAUAGGAAAUUGAUGACGGAUCCAGAUUCACCUAUUAUUGAUUUUUACCCUACUGAUUUUGAAGUGGACAUGAAUGGAAAACGUUUUGCAUGGCAGGGUAUUGCAAAGCUUCCCUUCAUUGAUGAAGCUCGUCUUCUUGCUGAGGUCCAAAAAAUUGAGCACACAUUAACGGAGGAAGAAGCAAGGAGAAACAGUAUGAUGUUUGACAUGCUUUUUGUGUCAACAUCUCAUUCUCUUUCUGAGAGUAUAUAUUUACUCGAUAAUAAUUGCAAGCAAUUAACAGACAAAGAGCGAGUUGAAGUCAAGGAGCGUAUCAAUCCUGCGUUAAGUGAUGGGAUGAAUGGCUAUUUAUCUCCUUGUGCUGGAGAUACUCACCCUCCUAUAUUCAGGUCUCCAGUUGUAGGCAUGGAAGACAUAUUGGCCAAUGAAGUCAUAUGUGUUAUAUACAGACUUCCUGAUCCACACAAACACAUCGCUCGUCCGCCUGCUGGUGUUAUAUUCCCCAAAAAGACGGUGGAUCAGGGUGAUCUGAAACCCGAACCUGUUUUAUGGCAUGAGGACUCUGGGAGGAGGCCUUGGGAAAAUGACAGCAUGCGCAUUUGUGCUUCAAUUACAACGAAAUCCCCCGGAACCGUUUCUGGCUGUCAUCUUGGGGAGGCUUCACAUCGAUUGGUUGCCAAUAGUCUACAACUGAAGGGAGAUCGCAAUGGGUAUGGAAAUCAUAUGCAUGACCCACCACCUCACAUUGCAGCUCCCCAUGGCCCACCACUCUCUUCCUAUUCAAAUGGGUUCCACAAUCAGGGACACCGUGGAACGUUGAGACCUAGAAUGGAUUUUUCUCAUGCAGGUUACCCUCAAUCUACGAGUCCUCGUGUACCUACUCAACAUGACCAUGGAUAUAGUCAGCCCUAUUAUUUGGCAGGUGCCAACCCCUAUAGUAGUAGGUCUCGUCCCCAGUAUGAAAGAGAGAGUGGGCACCAUCCAAGGCAUGUUUACCAACCUGAAUUUUAUCAGAAUGGUGCACCAAGGUACCCACAUGGGCCGGUGCCACAUAUACCUACUGGGUCCACUACAUAUGGUUAUCAAGGUAGUUAUGACGCCUAUCAGAGUGACCAAUCGCCUGGAGCCGGUAGUCACCAGCAAUGGGGUGGUAGGUUUUCCCCCCAGCCAAUCACAACAGGCCAAGAGGUUAUAGUCACCGUCAACAAAGUGGGAACCGAUUUUCAGCUUUGGAUUCUAGAGGAAAUAAAAUGCCUCUACAACAUGGUGGAGCAAAUAGGAGACCACCACCUCCUAGUGGAACAUAUAGGGGGCCGCAUCAGCCACCUCUUGGUGGACCUAAUCGGAGGCCCCACCCACCAGCUGGAUAUGGUAGCCAAUAAAGCUGUUUUUUAUAGCAGAACCAGAAAGCUUGAAGUUGUCAAAAGCUUUUGUUCGUUCAAGUGGCUAGAUAUUGAUGUCCUUAAGUUUUACAUGAGUAAAUCUACUGUGCCAGGCUUUCGGCCAUCAUUUGUGGCGAGGUGGUUGGCUUUUCUGCUUAGAGAGGCUAGUUAUGUUUUUGCAAAUUUGGUGAGGUUUCAGUUCAGUAGUCCAGACGAUGAUAUUUUAGUUUUCCAGUAUUCUCCAUCUGAUCUUCUAAGCAGUCCUUUGGAUGGUAGCUGGACUGCUGUUGUAUGA